AUGCUCGCCGAGAGAGAUGAUGUCACAGCAUGGAACUCGAUGGUCUUGGGCUAUGCCGAGAACAAGCAAGCAGCGCUGUGCUUGGAGCUCUUUCGAGAGAUUCCUCCUCAAGUUUUGGACGCUCACAGAUUGGCUGCUGCUCUCGAGGCUUGUGGAAGCCUGGCGUCUCUGGAACCGGGCAAAGCCACUCAUGCUCUAGCUUGCCGCUUGGGGAUGGAAGAAUCUCUCAUCGUUGGGACUAGUUUGGUUGACUUCUAUGGCAAGUGUGGAAGCAUGGUGGACGCUCGACUGGUUUUUGAUGGGAUCUUUCCCAAGAAGCUAGCGGCCUGGACAGCUUUCAUGGAAGGCUAUGGCCGUCAAGGAAGCUCCAAGCUUGUGACGGAGCUUCUUUGUGGAAUGGAAGAGGAGGGCUUUCGACCGGACGCUAAAACUCUGGCUAGCGUUAUCAGCAAAUGUGAUUCCUUCCCAGAUUAUUCCUGGUGGAACCAAUGA